GCGGCAGGGGGCAGGGGGGCAUGGGGGGCGACAGCGACCGCACUGGCAAGGUGCAGGAGCGGUUAGCGCGGAGAGUGAAGGAUGGGGAGUUCUACGAGGCACAGCAGCUCUACAAGAGCCUCGCUACAAGGUACUCCUCGCAGUUCAAGUAUGAAGACGCCAUGGCACUGCUGCAGUCAGGCGCGUGUGUGCAGCUGCAGCACGGGCAGGUGACGAGCGGAGUGGAGCUCGCCUUGCUGCUCACGGACUUGCUCUCCUCCUCUGAGACGCCCUGCUGGGAGGACUCCCUGGAGCGCAUCACCGCCGUGUACAUCAGCUUCCCGCGCUCAACCGCCCCAUCCGGUUUGCUUCCUGGUGAAACUGAGGUGGCGGCCAGGCUCAGAGUGGACGGGUGUAAGCGGUUUCUAAGAGCCGCACUUAAGUGGUCCGCCCGGUUCCCCGAGAUGCUAUCCGCCCCAUCCAGCCCGCAAGCACAAGCAAAGCCCUCUUCGCUCACCUCGUCCUCACCCGCCGCCCUGGCCUCCCUGGGCUCGCCGGCCAUCCACCUCAUGCUCGCCCAGUGCCUCUCCUCCCAGCUGCCUCCUCAUAAACGGGACUAUGCAGCGGCAUUCUUCCACUUUGUGUACUCAGACGACCCAGCCCUCUUUGCUCACAGCCUGGCGGAUUACGCACAGCAGUGCUACCUCGGCGAGAGGGACCUCGUCAUUGCCAGGGCUGUGCUCCAGUGCUUGGCGGCAGGGCGACUGCAGCAGGGCAAACAACUGUGGCACGAGCUCAAGACACAGCAGGCACACAUCUGGGGAGCAGACAGCGCUGCUGCUGCUGCUGCUGCUGCUGCUGCUGCUGCUGAUGGCGAUGCUGCUGGUGCAGACAGUGCGGAUGCUACAGCAGGCAUGUGGCAGGAGUCUCCCCUCCUUCGCUUCACUGAUCUCCUCCUCACUGCGUAA